GAGUGUUUGAGCUUCUGUUGUUCGCUCAUUCACUUCUGUUGCUGCUGAAAAUGGCGGCGUCCAUGCGAACACUUUCCAGCCUGUCAAAGGUAAUACAGCGGCUCUCAGUGAAGGCUGCUGUCCCUCGGUGUGUGAACACAACUCAUCCUCCUCCAGAGUCAUUCAGCAGAAGAUACUGCACUCCUGCAGCCUUUGUGAGCACUGCAAAUGUUUCUACAUCACACACUUCUAUCACGGUCACGGACGAGCCAGACACGCUGUUCCAGAAGCUGACUGUCUUGGUUAAAGGUCACGAUAGGGCAGUUCUGGACAGUUAUGAGUUUUUUGUGACUUUAGCUGCCAACGAGCUCGGCUUAACCCUCAGUAAAGUGUUUGAACCACCGAGAAACAUUGAGAGGCUCACGCUUCUGAAAUCAGUGCACAUCUUUAAAAAACACAGGGUCCAGUAUGAAAUGAGGACGCACUACAGGGCCGUCGAGAUAUCCAGGAUAACAGGAUCCACUGCAAAUGCAUAUCUAGAGUACAUCCAGCGCAACCUGCCUGAGGGAGUGGCCAUGGAGGUCAUUAAGACUGCUAUAGAGAAAGUUCCCGAGCACAUCCAGGCACCCAUAUGGGAUGAGGAGAGCCAGCAAGGAGCCAGUUAACGAGGACCUUUUUUGAUUCCAAGCCUUUUCUCUGUUCAAUAUCGCUGCUUACUGUGUGGGUUGGAACGAAAGAACAAAAGAAAGACUCUCAUCUCACCUUAUAUCAUAUCACGGAGACUCAUUUUAUGUAAAUGGCAAAAAGGAAAGUGAAUAAACUCAUAGUAUUUAUAAGUGUGAGCUUGUGGCUUUAAAUAACAUCAAAAAAUAAAGUUGUUAAAAAAAUAUA